AUGGGCGCGCCAAGGCUCCGCGCGCUCGCGGCGGCGCUGGGGCUGCUGCUAUGCGAGGUGCUGGGGCACGCGGGCCCGGCCGAGGGCGGCGGCCUCGAGGCGCUGGGGCCGCCUUCUGGGGUCGGCGCUGAGCACCAGUGUCCCGCUCCGUGCCGCUGUCUCGGGGACCUCCUGGACUGCAGUCGCCAGCGGCUGGCGCACCUUCCCGAGCCGCUUCCGACCUGGAUCGCUCGGCUGGACUUAAGUCACAACAGAUUGUCUUUCAUCAAGGCAAGUUCCUUGAGCCACCUUCACAGCCUUCGAGAAGUGAAACUGAACAACAAUGAAUUGGAGACCAUUCCAAGUUUAGGACCAGUUACAGCAAAUAUUACACUUCUCUCCUUAGCUGGAAACAAAAUUGUGGAAAUAUUACCUGAACAUCUGAGGCAGUUUCAAUCCCUUGAAACUUUGGACCUGAGUGGCAAUAAUAUUUCAGAACUUAAAACUGCACUUCCACCCCUACAACUCAAGUAUCUGUAUAUCAACAGCAACCGAGUCACAUCCAUGGAACCUGGGUAUUUUGACAAUUUGUCCCACACACUCCUGGUAUUGAAGCUGAACAGGAACCGUAUCUCAGCUCUUCCACCCAAGAUGUUUAAACUGCCCCAACUGCAACACCUUGAACUCAACCGAAACAAGAUUAAAAACGUAGAUGGACUCACUUUCCAAGGACUUGGUGCUCUGAAGUCUCUGAAAAUGCAAAGAAAUGGAGUGACAAGACUCAUGGAUGGAGCUUUCUGGGGGCUGAGCAGCAUGGAAAUCUUGCAGCUGGACCAUAACAACCUAACAGAGAUUACCAAAGGCUGGCUUUAUGGCUUGCUGAUGCUGCAGGAACUUCAUCUCAGUCAGAAUGCCAUCAACAGGAUCAGCCCUGAUGCCUGGGAGUUCUGCCAGAAACUCAGUGAGCUGGACCUAACGUACAAUCACUUAUCGAGGUUGGAUGAUUCAAGCUUCCUGGGCCUAAGCUUGCUAAAUACAUUGCACAUUGGGAAUAACAGAGUCAGCUACAUUGCUGAUUGUGCCUUCCGGGGGCUUUCCAGCUUGAAGACUUUAGAUCUGAAGAAUAAUGAAAUUUCCUGGACCAUUGAGGACAUGAAUGGUGCUUUCUCUGGGCUUGACAAACUGAGGCGCCUAAUACUCCAGGGAAACCGGAUUCGAUCCAUUACAAAGAAAGCCUUCACUGGUUUGGAUGCGUUAGAACACCUAGACCUGAGUGACAACGCAAUCAUGUCAUUACAAGGCAAUGCUUUUUCACAAAUGAAGAAGCUUCAACAACUGCACUUAAAUACAUCAAGCCUUUUGUGUGAUUGCCAGUUGAAAUGGCUGCCACAGUGGGUGGCGGAAAACCACUUUCAGAGCUUCGUAAACGCCAGCUGUGCCCACCCUCAGCUGUUGAAGGGAAGAAGUAUUUUUGCUGUUAGUCCAGAUGGCUUUGUGUGUGAUGAUUUUCCUAAACCCCAGAUCACGGUUCAGCCAGAAACGCAGUCGGCAAUAAAAGGUUCCAAUUUGAGUUUUAUCUGCUCGGCUGCCAGCAGCAGUGAUUCCCCAAUGACUUUCGCUUGGAAAAAAGACAAUGAACUACUGCACGAUGCCGAAAUGGAAAAUUACGCACACCUCCGGGCCCAGGGUGGCGAGGUGAUGGAGUACACCACCAUUCUUCGGCUUCGCAACGUGGAAUUUACCAGUGAAGGGAAAUACCAGUGUGUCAUCUCCAAUCACUUCGGUUCAUCCUACUCUGUCAAAGCCAAGCUCACAGUAAAUAUGCUUCCUUCGUUCACCAAGACCCCCAUGGACCUCACCAUCCGUGCCGGGGCCAUGGCGCGCUUGGAGUGUGCUGCCCUGGGACACCCAGCCCCUCAGAUAGCCUGGCAGAAGGAUGGGGGCACGGACUUCCCGGCCGCGAGGGAGAGACGCAUGCACGUGAUGCCUGAGGAUGACGUGUUCUUCAUUGUGGACGUGAAGAUAGAGGACAUCGGGGUGUACAGCUGCACCGCUCAAAACAGCGCGGGCAGCGUUUCUGCAAAUGCAACUCUCACUGUCCUCGAGACACCGUCGUUCUUACGACCCCUGUUAGAUCGAACUGUGACCAAGGGGGAAACGGCCGUCCUGCAGUGUAUUGCGGGCGGGAGCCCUCCGCCCAGACUGAACUGGACCAAAGAUGACAGCCCCUUGGUGGUCACCGAAAGGCACUUUUUUGCAGCCGGCAACCAGCUGCUAAUCAUCGUGGACUCGGACAUCAGCGAUGCCGGGAAGUACACGUGCGAAAUGUCCAACACCCUGGGCACCGAGAGAGGCCACGUGCGCCUCAGCGUGAUCCCCACGCCCACCUGCGACUCCCCUCAGCUGACGGCCUCGGCACUGGACGACGACGGCUGGGCCACUGUGGGCAUUGUGAUCAUCGCUGUGGUUUGCUGCGUGGUGGGCACCUCGCUCGUGUGGGUGGUCAUCAUCUACCACACACGGCGGCGGAACGAAGACUGCAGCAUCACCAACACAGAUGAGACCAACUUGCCAGCUGACAUCCCGAGUUAUUUGUCAUCUCAGGGAACACUAGCGGACAGACAGGACGGGUACGUCUCCUCAGAAAACGGAAGCCACCACCAGUUCGUCACUUCUUCUGGAGGCGGCAUUUUCUUACCACAGCACGAUAGUAACGGGACAUGCCAUGUUGACAACAACAGUGAAGCCGAUGUGGAAGCUGCCACAGACCCGUUCCUUUGUCCCUUUUUGGGGCCCUCAGGCCCUGUAUAUUUGAAGGGGAGCAUGUAUGGCUCAGAUCCUUUUGAAGCCUAUCAUACAGGUUGUGGUCCUGACCUGAGAUCAGCUUUAAUGGACCACUACGAGCCCAGUUACAUAAAGAAGAAGGAGUGCUACCCAUGUCCUCAUCCUUCAGAGGAAUCCUGUGAGCAGAGCAUCAGUGAUACAGGAUGGCCUUCUCACGUGAAGAAGUCACUCAGCUCUUCUUAUUCUCAACAUGAAGGACCCGGAAUGAACAACUUAUGUCUGAACAAGUCUUCUGUAGAUUUUAGUCCAAGUCCAGAGCCACCAUCAGUUACUUUGAGUAAUUCUUUCAUGGGAACCUUUGGAAAGCCUCUGAGGAGACCUCAGCUGGAUGCCUUUUCAAGCUCUGGGCCGUCAUCGGAUUGUCAGCCAAGAGCCUUUCACUUGAAAGCUCGUUCUUCCCCCAACUUGGACUAUGAGUCAGAGGAAGAUGGGAAAGAAAGGACAGAUUUUCAGCGAGAAAAUCACACAUGUACCUAUAAACAGACCUUAGGAAGCCACAGGACUUCAAAUUUUCAGUCCUACGACUUGGACACAUAAAGUAACGAGACCAAGGACUGGUUCUAACACACUACCUCAAGUGGAUGUUUAUUUAAGAGACAGAGAGAAGCCUAUGUUUUUAAAUGGAACUAUGAAUUUUAAAAGGAUAAAAGGUCUUAUUUAUACAGAUAGACAAAAAUUACAAAAAGGCAUAAAAAUUUUAUACUGGGAGUAACUUUCAUAUAGGAAUACCUUUACUAUUUUAUAACUUUGCUUUAUGCAGAAAAUAUCUUAUGUAAAUUAAUGGUAUAAAUCCAUGACUAUUUUAUGUAUUUUUAUAAUGCCAGAUUCCUUUUUAUCGAAAAUGAGUACUAAAGCAUUUUAAACAAUAA